CACUUGAAAAUCAUCAUCAGUAAGAUGCCCUGGGCAUCUUCAACCACGUCAUUUUGAUUCCCGGUGACAUUUACGGGCUAUAACCGGUCACUCUCUCCUCGAAUUACGUGUCACUCCGCCAUUAGCCCAAAUGGAUCAAUUUAUCCUCUUUUGAGCUAUAAAAGAAACGGCCCAGAGAUCGCCUCCUGACGGCAUCCCCAUGUGCCUGUCGCCGUAACGGAGUCAGGACCACAUGUUCUGUUCAACGCCUUCCAUAACCGUCUCAUCCAAUCUCCACCGUCCGAUCACAUGACAAUUCCACGUUUCCUCUCUCCCUGUCCCCAUAAUACCCCUGCUCUCCAACAAACCACUACUAACUAAUUAACACCCCCCCCCCUUCUUUCCCCCAGGCCACCCAAGUUCCAGCGGCUCCUUUUCCUUCCUCGGCCGAGAGCGAGAGAGAGACUGUGGAGAGAGAGAGAGCAACUCUGCUUGUGUGUGCGUGUUGUGCGUGCGUUUCAAGUCGCUUUUAAGUAAAUUUGAUUGUGGAAGCUGGGACGGAAUAUCAUUAUACCGACGGGUGUACAAAUUUAAAGAUAUUUAUUGAGAUAUACGUAUUUAUAUAUAUGCGGAAAUAUAUGUAUAUGUAAAAGACUCAAGGAAGGAAAAAAAAAAAGAGGGAGAGAGAGACUAAUUAAAAACAGAUGGGAGAUUACCUGAGGAAAUGUGAGAGAUCAAUUGGAGAGAUGGCAGCAGCAGCGGCUACGGAAAUCGGCGGAGAAAUUAUCAAAAUGAGAGCCGUGGAGGAGGAGGAGGAGGUUACCAGCUCCAGUAAGAGACGUAAAGUCGACGAUUGUGAUGAGGCGCCUGAGCCGCAGCUAAAUUUGCCAGCCUAUACAGUUUCGGCUUCUGCUGCAAAUUCAACGACGACGUCCUCGGCGGCCAACGUCCAUGAGGAGAAAAUGAGAUCCACCGAUCUGAAGCACCAGGAUUCCGAAACUGAAAUUUCCACGCUCAUAAUCCGCCAAUUCAGAGAGACGAGUCCGUCAAGUGAGAUUUGCGGAGGAGACUCGGGGAUAGAGUUGAUGGAGUCUAUAUCGUCAACGACAACAAAGAAGGAGGAGUCUUCUCGGAGAAAUCGUCAGGAGUUGAAAACCAAAACUUGCAUGCCUUCAGCAGCGGAGAUCGAAGAGUUCUUCGCCGUGGCUGAAAAGCGACAGCAGAAACAAUUCGCGGAAAAGUACAACUAUGAUAUAGUGAAGGACGUGCCAUUGGAAGGCCGGUACGAGUGGGUACGUUUGAAGCCUUAAAUUGAUCAUCAGCUUGCAUGAUCCAACUGAAAUGGUGGAAAACGAGAGGACGCUGGGUUACUACUUACUAGGAGUAAUAUAUCAUAUAUGUUAACAUCACACGAGGACGCGCAGGGCCAUUGUCUGUCUUCUUUCUUCUUCCCUUUUGUUCUUUGGUUGGUAUUAUUAUUGGGACUUUUAUAACUGGUCUUUUAAUUAAUCAGCUAAUUAGUAGAUUAAUCAAUUGGCUAUUGUAUUGUAGGCCGGAUUUGGGGUUCAUAGAGUGGUGACAUAUAUGUGUACAGUAGGUUUCUAUCCUUAUGUAAAGAAGCUGGACUCCUUGAUCUUUCCUUUGCCUAUUGGAAUUGCACUGGUCCUCCUCUCUCAGACUGCUACUACUGAAACUAUUACUGCCGCUUUUGAAGAAGCUUCUUUUCCAA